AAGUAGGCCAAUGAGUUAAGAUUAUUCCCACACAAGGCAGGCAAACCAGCUCCUUACGUAAUUAUUCACUGUUGUUUUCGCACCAGCCAUGAAGAGAGCUUCCUGUUCUUCUGCCAUGACAAUCCUAGCUAUCUUAUUCAUUUGUUGCUCCCUGCCAUGCUCAGUUGCCACCCAAGUUCACACGGAGGGAACCCGUCAUGGAGUGAGUCCUCCAUCACCAUGGGCACCGCCGAGCCCAGAUAAUCGAGGCCGUGGACAUUCCGAGACCCCACCGCCGCUGCUGCACCGCAAGAACUUACAGCUACAACAUACUGUUGUGCCAGUUCCACCGAUGGCAUGAAUUAUCUCGCAGAAGUCUUGCAAACUUUAUCGAUCGUUUUAGUUUUUGCCAGUGUUAGGUGAUGCCAGUGGCAUUAAUAUGGUCCUAGAGUCCAGAAAUAAGGGUGGUUGUGAUGGCUGUACAAUUUUCGAAAAUUAUGACAUUAAUUGAAAGGUAUAUUUACAUGACAA